AUAAUUCAUUCUCUUCAGAAUUUAUCCUUUUCAGAUGUUCACUCGAAGAUUAAAGAGGGAAGACGACUUCUCCAUAACUACAAUGCGAGAGAUUAACAGUUUCAUGUGUGUCAGUUAAUGUGCUUGAGGUGGCAGUCCCUUAAAGCAGGAUUGGAGGGAAGAGACAAAAAAUGGUAAGAUCUACAUAUGAAAGAUUUUCGAAGGAUUUUGCAAUGGGAGGAGUAGCAGCAAUUGUCUCAAAGAGUGCAGCGGCACCAAUUGAGAGAGUGAAGCUUUUAUUGCAAAACCAAGGUGAAAUGAUUAAAAGAGGCCAACUCAAAAAACCGUACCUGGGUGUGUCUGAUGGCUUUAAGAGGGUCUUCAUGGAAGAAGGUUUGAUUGCCUUUUGGAGAGGUAAUCAAGUCAAUGUAAUCCGAUAUUUCCCCACACAGGCUUUCAAUUUUGCAUUCAAAGGUUACUUCAAAAGCAUUUUUGGGUAUUCCAAAGAGAGAGACGGGUACAUUAAGUGGUUUGCUGGGAAUGUGGCUUCAGGCAGUGCUGCAGGAGCGACUACUUCACUGUUUCUGUAUCAUUUAGAUUAUGCACGUACACGAUUGGGCACAGAUGCAAUAGAAUGCCGUAUGACUGGUCAGCGCCAGUUUAAAGGACUAAUUGAUGUAUACCGGAAAACCUUAUCAAGUGAUGGAAUUGCUGGCUUAUACAGAGGAUUCAGUAUUUCAAUAUGGGGAAUCACCAUGUAUCGAGGGAUGUACUUUGGGAUCUAUGACACCAUGAAGCCUAUUGUUUUAGUUGGGCCUUUGGAGGGGAACUUUCUUGCUUGUUUCUUGUUAGGUUGGAGCAUCACAACUUUUUCAGGGUUUUGUGCUUAUCCGUUUGACACCUUGCGCCGACGAAUGAUGCUUACAUCUGGACAUCCAAACAAGUAUUGUAGUGCAAUACAUGCAUUUCGUGAGAUUGUUCAACAAGAGGGUUUCUUAGCUCUAUUUCGAGGAGUUACUGCAAAUAUGCUUCUUGGUAUGGCAGGAGCUGGGGUGCUCGCUGGAUAUGAUCAGCUGAACCACUUCUCAUCUAGACAUAAUCAAUAUAAUGAGACAAACCAAAGAGUUUUGAAAUGAAUUGCCAAUUUGUGAGGGAGAAAUGCCAAACAAAAUGGCUUAUUCAUCAUGUAGAAUGAAUAUUAUGCAUGUUCAUUUCAAAAAUUUGGUUUUAAAGACCAUAACAAUAAACAAACUUUUGGACAUGAUAAGAUUUAUUCUAUAAAUCAAACUCUUCAAUA